ACCUAAAGCAUAUCCUCUCAUUGGAAAUCUACAUACAUUUUUUGGUGAUACUAAAGAUAUAACAAAUAAAAUUAUAAAAAUAAUGAAAAAAUAUCCAUCACCAUGGCGGAUUWGGUUAGGGCCAAAAUUAUAUAUAGUUUUGAAUGAUCCGGAACAUAUUGAAAUUAUUUCUAAACACUCGAAUAGUUUUGAGAAAAGUCCCGCAUAUAAGUUUAUGAAACCUUUUUUUGGCAAUGGUUUGAUAUCUGCUUCAGCAUCAAUAUGGGGCAAUCAUCGAAAAUUGUUAAAUCCAGUUUUCAAAAAACAAAUUCUUUCUAACCAUAUGAGAAAGAUAAUAAAACAUUUAAACCGAUUAACGAGAAUUAUUGAAAGUUCUAAUGAAACAAACAUAGACAUAUCCCAUUACACAAAUCUUUUUACUUUGGAUACGAUAUAUGAUACAAUUUUUGGCCAGGAUUUUAAUUUCCAAAAUAAUCCAGAAUGUAGACUUCAUGACAAUAUUUCAGAAAUUAUGGACAUAACGUUCCAAAGGAUCUUCAAAUUCUGGUUGCAUCCGGAUAUUAUUUUCUACAAUUUAUCUAUAGGAAAAAGAUUUCGGAAAGCUUUAGCACACUUGGAUACAUUAACCUGGAAGGUAUAA